CUAUUCUCGGGAAUAUACUUGCUCCCUACUCCAGUGCAUCUCUCUUACUAUAAAUUGAUUAGCGCGAAGACUCGACUCUCUCCGAAUUCUCUAUGUAAAUUUCUAUUACUGAAAGACGUGUUCGAUUUGAUAUACUAAACUAUUUGGUGAAAAAUCAUUUACACGUGACUGCUGAUUUUAUUUCAUUCUUCUAGAACAUUCGAACACGAAUUUGUCGAUCAUCAAUCUCAGGCUGGCUUUAGGCGAGGAAUUUCUGAAAUAUGUUACAUUAGCUGUAUGCAAAGAAGAACUUUUUGCUAAUGGCUUCAAGAGCAAUAUUGAGAAGGAAGAGGAACCUCUUUGAUUCUACUGUGAGACCUCAUACUUUCAUUCGAGGUUUUUCGAGCUAUGAGAACUGUGGAUCUUCUAAGGCUUCUAAUGCUUGGGAUUGGUGCUCUACAGUAACUCAUCAAUCUCAAAAUGCAGAUAACAAAAAGGAAAGAAAUUCAAGUCCACUAACCGAAAAUGAGUUACUAAAAGUAUGGGGAAAACAUGUCCUAUCCAAUUCAUCUGAAAUUCCAGCCCUGGGUCUGAGAAUAGGAAGAUAUGGGUCUCUUUCUCCUUUGGGGACCAGGUGGAUGACAGACCAUCAACGAUAUUCGACAGCUGCAGCAGGUCAACCUGAUUUCGGUAAAGGAAAUGAUAAGGAUGAAGAACCAACUGUUAGACAGAAGAAAGAAGCUUCACCAGAAGAAUGUGAUGAAGCAGUUGAAGAUUUAACCAUGGCCAAAGCCAAAGCAAAAGCAAAACAGCUGCAAGAUUCACAGAAUGGUAUUCAACCUAUACUUAAGAAAAUUUGGGCUGUGCUAUUAGGGAUUGGUCCUGCUUUGAGAGCUGUUGCUUCAAUGAGCAGGGAAGAUUGGGCAAAAAAGAUGCGACAUUGGAAGGAUGAAUUUAAGUCAACAAUGCAACACUAUUGGUUGGGCACCAAACUGCUUUGGGCUGAUGUUAGGAUAUGUUCAAGACUGUUGUUGAAGACAGCCAAUGGGAAGAGUCUUUCCCGGAGGGAAAGGCAACAACUAACACGGACAACAGCUGAUAUUUUUAGGCUGGUUCCUGUUGCAGUGUUUAUUAUUGUUCCAUUUAUGGAGUUCUUGUUGCCGGUAUUCCUGGCAGUGUUUCCCAACAUGCUGCCAUCAACCUUCCAAGAUAAGAUGAAAGAAGAGGAGGCUCUGAAAAGGAAGCUGAAUGCUAGGAUUGAAUAUGCGAAGUUUCUACAAGAAACAGUUAAAGAGAUGGCAAAGGAAGUUAAAAACUCACGAAGCGGAGAACUAAAGAAUACAGCAGAGGAUCUUGAUGAAUUUAUGAAUAAGGUCAGAAGGGGUGCUAGUGUAUCUAAUGAAGAAAUUUUAGGAUUUGCCAAGCUGUUUAAUGAUGAGCUCACUUUGGAUAAUAUCAGCAGACCGAGGUUGGUGAAUAUGUGCAAAUAUAUGGGCAUCAACCCCUUUGGAACUGAUGCAUAUUUGCGAUUCAUGCUUCGAAAGAGGCUUCAAAAGAUCAAGAAUGAUGACAAGAUGAUUAAAGCAGAGGGCGUAGAAUCCCUUUCGGAGGAUGAGCUCCGUCAAGCCUGUCGAGAACGAGGCUUACUUGGAUUACUUUCAGUAGAAGAAAUGCGGCAGCAG